AUGGGAAUCUUCAACACAUCAGACAAGAACAACAACAAAGACAAGAACUCCUCAAACACCUCCACCAUCAAUAACAGCAGAAACGAAUCCUCGAUGAAUUCCGGCUCGACAACCUCGUCCAACGGUACGUCAUCAGCACCAGGAGCCGCUGCAGCCAACCUGAACGCCGCUGCGUCCAAUCUGAGUGCCGCUGCCACGAAUCUCAACAAGACUGAGAGUUCUUCCGACACAGGCAGCACCAACGCUCGCGGUACGCUGUCCCGUGGCACAAGCAGCGCUGGUGGUCGUCAGGAAGGGGCCCAAGCAGUCCGCCAGGGCAGCCAAAGCACUGUCACAAUUCCCGGCAACAAGCAGGGACGUGGCACUUCCUCCGACGACUCUAGCAACGGCAGCUCGGACUUCGACACCAUUAGUAGACGUUCAGCAGAGUCCUCCGAGACUGACACAAGCAUCUCAGAUACGAUGAAAAUGACCAUCCCCGCGGAAGACGACUACAACAAGCCCUCGGGCAACUCCAGUAAUAAUUCGUCGUCCAACAACACCUCGAGCAACAACAGCUCUUCUGUAGGUCAACAAGGCGGUAACAACCGACAAGCGCCAGGCGGCUUCCCAUCAGACGACAUUGACCGUGCUUCGUCCAACAACAACAACUCCAACAACAACAGCAGCAACAACAACAACUCCUCGAGACCACCAAGCACCUCUCCAGACGUCAGCCGCAACGCUCGCGGCGGUGUGACAAAUGGCCACGCCAACGACAACGGCAACGACAGCAUCCCCUCUACUGGAGGACAGAAGAUGGGUGGUGGCAACAACGUGAGCAACUCUUCCAACGACAACCGCCGCAUGUCCCCUUCUGACCUUGUCAACCAGGCCGAGAAGAAUCAUCAACGAAAUGGUAGUUCUCCCAAUGCAAACUAUAAUGCUGGUUUUAACCGGGAUGAAGAUUCUCCUCCACGCGGCGGCGGCAACUCCAUGGGCAACAAUGUAGGUGGCCGCAAUGAGUCUCGUGGUGCGCCACAAACAUCUCAAAGCAUGCGAUCUAACUCUCCACCUCGUUCGCAGAAUUCCGGCGGCGGCAUGGGUGGCGGCAUGAACAACAACCGAGGCGGCGGUGGCAACAUGCGUCGCGAUUCUCCAGAACCACCACCACGCAACGACAACUACGGUGGCGGUCGAGGCGGUAACUCCUACGGUGGAGGUGGCCGUGGUGGAGGAAGGGACUCCUUCGAUGAGCCUCCUCGCGGCGGUGGCGGAUAUGGCGGUAACAGCUUUGGCGGCAACAGCUCGUACGGCAAUGACCGUGGUGGUAAUGGCGGCAACAGCUCCUACGGCAACGAUCGCGGUGGCUAUGGCGGCAACGACCGAGGUGGCUCUGGCGGCGGUCGUGACGACUACGGCGGAGGCCGCGGAGGUGGUUAUGGAGGUGGAAACUUCUCUGGCGGUGGUGGCUACGGUGGAGGCCGCGAUGAUUACGGCGGCGGUCGUGGUGGCGGCGGUGGCGGUUACGGUGGAGGCCGCGAUGAUUACGGCGGCGGUCGUGGUGGCGGCGGUGGCGGUUACGGUGGAGGCCGUGAUGACUACGGCGGUGGCCGUGACACCGGCUACGGAGGCGGUCGAGACGACUAUGGCAGCAGCCGUGGUGGAGGUGGUGGAGGCUACGGAGGUGGCCGGGAUGAUUACGGCAGCAGCGGCAACCGUGGAAACAGUGGUGGCGGCGGCGGAGGAGGCUAUGGCGGAGGCUAUGGUGGUGGCAAUGAUCGAGGUGGAUAUGGAGGUGGUGGCAACGACCGCGGAGGAUACGGUGGCGGCCGGGGAGGAGGUUAUGAUUCAGGCCGCGGCGGCGGAGGUGGUGGUGGUGGAGGUGGUUACGACAACGCACAAGCCGCUCGCCAACGUGGAGAAGAAGACGGCAUGCGUGACGCCAUGCGAGACAUGAACCUGAACAAGAACAAUGGCCGCGGUGGUGCAUCCGACUCGCCUCGCAACAGCAUGCCCCAAGGUGGCAAGGCCUCGCCGGCUGGCGGGAACCGCAACAGCCACGGGGGGUUUGGUACCGAGCGCAAGAUGGACAUGGCAUACGACGCUGGAUACAAGGAUGCCAUGGAGAAGCUGAAGAAGAACAUGAUGUCUCAGUUCGGUGGUAACAACUAA